GCCCAACCCACUGAGCCACCCAAGCGCCCCAGUGACUGCCUACGUUUUAAGAAGAGGCUAGAAUGGCGAGAGGAGGCUCACUGGAGAAGAUGGACUUGAAGUCGGCUUAGGACAGGGUGUCUUUCCCCCCACCCUUUUCUUUUCUCCCCCACCCCCAGAACAGGGUAUCUUAACUCUUCAUCCCAUAGCACUCCACUGGCAGGCUGAUGAGGCCUGUGGACCGUUUUUCAGGAAAAGAUUUUUAAAUGUACAAAGUAAAAUACAUAGGAUCACAAAGGAAAUUGAUUCUGUCAAAGUGUAAUUCUCAGUAUCAAUAUUUGUGAUCUAGUUAGCAUACAUUCUUUAAUGCAUUAAAGAAUUCAGUCUAUCUGUGUGUGUAGUUACCAUAAUUUCCAAAUAGGAUUGUAAAUAUUUUGAGAUCUCUGCUACAGCUCUAAUGGGAUAUGACAACAUCUGUGAUUUUAAUAGGUUUAAAGGUCAUAGGAACUGCUGAUGCUAUUUUGGUUUUCUAUAUUUACAAUUAGCUAGGGGUUAGUGAAAAUAAAGGCACCCCCCCGCCCGUCCCGGUUCACAGGCCUCUUGAAUUCUGGAUAACCCCUGAUGGAGGAUUGCCAGAAUAGGAGGUUACGUAGAGUUUUAGGGAGCAGGGAGAAGGGAAGAGGGCGUUCUGGGUCGGGGGAUAACAUCAACAGAGAGACCUGAAGUAGGAGGGGUAGGAGACUGAGGGGAUGGGGGAGCUGACCCGCUGGGAGUGGGACCCUGAAGUCUGGAGUGAGGCUCAUGGGCCUGACUUACUAAGCUUUAGGGGGCUGGCAGAAGAGUUACCUGAAGAGAAAGGUGGGUGACAGCUUCUGUAGUAACCGGGAGUUUUUAACAAAUGGUGAUAAAUACUCUUUCAUUUUGGAACAGGUCAUUCAGAUUCUGGGCGAUAAGUCUCCAUGCACUUUGGUGGCACAGAAAAUUGACCGUACAGGGGCCUGUACUGGUGGAGGACACCUGUCUGUGCUUCAAUGCCCUCGGAGGCCUCCCUGGCCCCUACAUAAAAUGGUUUCUGGAGAAGUUAAAGCCUGAAGGUCUCUACCAGCUCCUGGCUGGUUUCCAUGACAAGUCUGCCUAUGCGCUCUGCACUUUCGCACUCAGCACCGGGAACCCCAGCGAGCCUGUUCUCCUGUUUAGGGGCCGAACCUCGGGUCAGAUCGUGGCGCCCCGAGGCUGCCGAGACUUUGGCUGGGAUCCCUGCUUUCAGCCUGAUGGAUAUGAGCAGACGUAUGCAGAGAUGCCCAAAGCUGAGAAGAACACCAUCUCCCAUCGCUUCCGGGCCUUGCUUGAGCUGCAGAAAUACCUCGGCAGCCUCGAUGCCCCAGUAGUUGGUGAUGAUCGCCCUGGCCGGGGAACUGGGGAAGGCUAGCCUGCCGCCUCCACCAUCAGAUAGGCAGCCCUCCAAGUACUGCCUUCCUGGUCUCCACUUCCUAGAGGGGGUUGAGACAACCUCACCAGCCCUGUUUGGAGGAGCAGCUGGCUCUGCUUGGAGGAACUUGGGGCCCUUGGGGAUUCAGUGGUCCCUCCUACAGCCUCCUGGCCUGGGAUCCUGAAAGGACUUGGAUGUUAAAACUGGCCAUGGUGGGUCCGAGGGCUUGGGCAGAACCACACACAAAUCGCCCUCGACAUUUUUGAAGUGGCAGAAAUAAAAAUACUGGAAGGCACUUGCCUCCAGAAUAAACUGGA